AAGCUACCCACCCUCUUCUCCAGUCCCGCUUGGACUGUACAACCUGAGAUUCCUCAAUUUGACAAUCUGAGGGGUUAUAUGGUCUCCCUUAGAGCAGCUGAGGGUGUUAUAUCCUCUCAAUUACCGCCAACAGCCGAUACCACUCCCAGGGAAAAUGCUGUUACGACAGAUCCAAAUGAAAUAUUCUGGGAUGGUGACGACGAUCAAUCAAAUCCUAAGAACUGGAGCGUUGUACGCCGGUGGUCCCAUAUUGUCAUCAUAUCGCUUCUGACUCUUACCACGUAUAUGCCCAUUUCCAUUGUCCCAGCAUCUACCCCGGCAGUGCCGGAGGUAAUGAAGUCUCUUCACUCCGAUAAUUCAGAACUUGAGUCUUUCGUUGUUUCAAUUUAUGUCAUUGGGUAUGCGGUGGCGCCGCUGCUUGUGGCGCCGCUGUCAGAACUUUAUGGUCGCGCGAUUGUGUACAAUGUCUCGAAUGUGAUCUUCCUCGGAGGGACGAUCGGAUGUGCUCUUAGCACAAACGUAGGAAUGUUCCUCGCGUUUCGUCUACUCUGCGGCUGUGCUGGAGCUUCACCCCUUGCGCUAGGUGGAGGCUCAAUUAGCGACAUGAUGGAGCCUGAACGGAUGGGAACUGCCCUGGCGAUAUGGGGUCUGGGCUCGUUGGCCCCACCGGUAUUCUCUCCUAUUGCUGGUGGAUAUAUUAGCCAAGCGGUAGGCUGGAGGUGGAUCUUCUGGGUGAUUGCUAUUCUAAUGGGCAUUCUCACAGUCGCGUCUCCUUUCUUAGUACAGGAAAGCUAUGCUCCGGUCCUUUUGGAACGCAAAGCAAAGCGCCUGCGCAAGGAAACAGGCAACCAUCGGUUGAAAUCACGCAUAGGCAGACAACUAUCUCAGAAAAGUCUAGUUGUUGACACUCUCAUCCGGCCUCCCCGAAUUCUUUUCACAUCGCCAAUUGUGAUAAUCAUUGCAGUGGACACUGCUAUAGUUUAUGGGUACCAGUAUCUAGUCUUCACAACACUUUCAUACAUCUUCCAAGAUCAAUAUCAUCUAUCAACGGGUCUAUCAGGACUUGUAUAUUUAGGCAAUGGAAUUGGGACAGUUCUAGGAAUUUUUAUCAUCGGCUAUGCAUCCGACAAAGUCACCGAGCGAAGAAAAGCAAAGGCUUCAAAUCCAGAGGAAAUUCUCCCGCCGGAGGGCUGGCUCUGGCCCAUGCUCCCUUCAAGCUUCCUAAUCCCUGCAGGUCUAUUCUGGUACGGCUGGUCACUGCAAAGAAACGCAUUUCCAAUAGUACCUCUAGUGGGAUUAGGUGUGUUUGGGUUCGCCAUGAUGGGCAUCUUCCAGCCAGUGCAGAUCUACGUGGUGACCGCAUUUGAAAAACAUGCUGCGUCUGCUAUGGCAGCGACUACCGUGCUGCGAAACCUGGUGGGUGCUUUGUUGCCCCUUGGGGGUCAAAGAAUAUAUGAUACUCUGGGUAUGGGGUGGGGGAACAGUCUACUUGCAUUCAUUUCUUUGGCACUUGUACCGAUUCCAUUUUUGAUGAUCAGAUAUGGAGAACGUCUGCGAAGACGAGAUCCAAAUCUGAUAAUGUUCGUUAAAUAG